AUGGUCGAACAAGGAGGAAACAAUCCUAACGGCAUGGGUGUUGUCUUUGACGCGGCAGGUUUGCCAAUUACUGCACCUUCCGCUCACGAUCGCCAAACGUCGCGGGCCGCACAAGUUUCCCAAAACGAGGAGGGAGCGCGCGCAUCGCUGAACCAGCCGCGAGCGUCCCCGGAGUAA